AUGCUCAAUUCACAGGUGCUUGCCUUGGCGGCAGUCGGUUGCCUCCAGGCAGCUACUGCGGUAGCUUACUCAUCUGCUCAAGAUGCCACUGUACGAGCAGAAUACGACUACAUCAUCGUAGGUGCUGGAGCUUCGGGCCUUACUGUCGCGAACCGUCUGACCGAGGAUCCUGCUGUUACUGUUCUGGUCAUUGAAGCAGGAGAUUUCGAUAAGAAUGAAGACUUCAUGACCAUCCCCGGUCUUGCCGGCGGUGCUGUGGGUACCAAGUACGACUGGAAUCUCACCUACCCUGCUACCUCAUCCCUCAACGGACGAAACAUCUCAGCUCCCUUGGGUAAGGUCGUUGGAGGCUCAACCAAGCUUAACCGCAUGGUCUUUGAUCGAGGAUCAAAGGCGGAUUAUGACCGUUGGGCCGAGCUUGGCAACGGCGAUUGGCAGUGGAAGACUCUAUUGCCCUUUUUCAAGAAGACCGAAAAGUUCACCCCGCCUACCGCCGAAAUCAAGAAGGAGUACGGUGUCACUAUAGAUCCCUCCGCCCACGGUUCCUCGGGGCACAUUGAUUCCAGCUACUCGUCUUUCUUCUGGCCUACCACCAAGAAUCUUAUGCAAGCCGUCGGCGAACUCGAUAUCGAUGUGGCAGCUGACCAAGCUAACGGAAAUGCUAUUGGAGGGUAUUUCUGCCCGCACAACCUCGACCCAAAGACCAUUACGCGGUCCUCGGCCCAGGACUACUACAGCGCAGUGUCUCAGCGCAAGAACCUUCAGCUGCUUGCCAGUCACCAAGUUACUCGGAUCGUCACCAAGAAAAGUGGAAGCUCCGUGACAGCUACUGGUGUUGAGUAUGCGAAAGACAGAACCAGCACUAAAAAGACAGUCAAGGCAAAGAGGGAGGUUAUCCUCGCAGCGGGGUCGAUCCACACACCUCAGAUCCUGCAGGUUUCUGGCAUCGGUGACCCAGCUUUGCUAUCCAGCAUCAAUGUGCCUGUGGUUGUUGACCUUGCUUCCGUUGGCCAGAACUUUCAUGACCAUGUCCUGCUUGCUGUUGUCAAUACCAUCACCGCGCCUCUCCAAACCGGCAAUCUGACCAGUAACGCCACAUUCGCAGCUGAGGCGCGUGCUCAGUACGAUCAGCAAAAGAAAGGCCCCUUGACGUCUCCCACUGCUGAUUUCUUGCUCUUCUUGCCUCUUUCGAACUACACAAGCGCCGCCUCAAAUAUCCACAAGCAAGCUGCCAGCCAAGAUGGUGCCAAAUUCUUGCCCUCAAACACACCUGCUGAGGUGAUCAAGGGCUAUAAAAAGCAGCAAAAGGUUCUCAACGACAAGCUUCUUGACACAAAGUCCGCCAUCCUCGAGGUUAUUUGGAGCGAUGGUGUUGCCGUUCUGGGCCUUCAACACCCAUACUCUCGAGGAUCCGUCAAGGCCAAGUCUUCCAACAUCUUCGACUCGCCUGAAGCCAACCCAGAGUUUCUCAAGAACCCUCUCGAUGUCGCUAUCCUAGCCGAAGGUGUCAGGUUCGCCCGAAAGCUUUCCGGCGCGCCAUCUAUCAAGUCUCUCAAGCCCUUGGAGCUGGUACCUGGCUCCAAGGUUACGAGCGAUGAUGACCUCGAACAGUUCAUUCGAUCCAGCGCGUCAACUCUGUUCCACCCUGCUGGUUCUUGCAAGAUCGGCAGCCGCAGUGAGGGUGGCGUUGUUGACGAGAAGCUCAGGGUCUACGGUGUGAAGGGUCUCCGAAUCGUGGAUGCCAGUGUCAUUCCGCUGCUUCCUGCCACGCACACAAUGACUACUGUGUAUGCUAUUGCUGAGAAGGCUGCGGAUCUGAUCAAGCGUGGUUAA